AUGGCGACCAAGACAAGCGAGAAAGUGCUCAUCACCGGGUUGUGCCUCCUCACGACCGUCAACCUCGCAGCCCACUACCAGAACGAGAGGAGGGAAACAAUCCGAGCAGAAGCCGAUGCUCUACGAGAGCAGCGCGUUGUAGAUGCUAUAGCGGCAGCGCAAGUCCUCUCCCUACCUACUUACCUACCUACCUAUUCGCCAGCACAGUUCUUGUAUAGGCAGGUAACUGACUCCCAAUGCUGCAGCGAUACGUUGCAAAAAGUCUGCUUCACGGCCAUCCGUCAGAAGCGUAGACUUUCUCACCAGCUUCACCACAUGAGGAACAUGUCGCCGUAUAGCCAGGAGUUCAGCGCCGCGUUCGAGAAGCUGGGGCGUAUUAUGAAGGAUACUGGGGUGGCGGAUGAUGGGGGCGAGGGUGGGGAGAAUGGCAGUGGCGGUGGUAAGCGAGAGAAGUCUUGA